AUGUCAACGCAAGCAUCACAAUUUGAGAAUGCACCUAUCCUACAAAACUCUCCACAAUUUCACCCACUAAGUGUUUCUCUUAAAGAGAAACAAGAAUAUAACAGCCAAAGUGAAAAGCAGGAGCAAUUAAACACUGAAAUGGACUCAUGGAAACAAUCAAAAAAUGAAGACAUUUCUAAUGAAAGCAGGUACACCGAAGUAUCAGGAGCAACAGAUACAUCGAUGAAAUUAUAGGGUAUACGCCCUUUUAGCUAUUCAUAGGGCUGAUUUUAGCUUGCCAGAUAAGAUCCGAUAUCUCCUCCACUCCUGACAAGUCAAAUAGAGUUUGAGAAAUCUAUCUAAAAGGAUUGAUUUGUCGAAUUCUGUUUAAUUUCGUAAAAGGGGAAGGGGAUUCUGGAUCUUAUUCUAUUUGCUUAAAUCAGCCCUAUUAAGAUCAACCUGCAAUCUACAGGAAUACUUGAAUCAAGACAAAACUCAGAGAAAUUCAAUGGAAUUUUCGAAAAAGAUGUAAGCACCAGCAUUAAAAGCUUUAUGGCCCCAGAAGAUGAGGACUAUUACCAAAAGACAAGCUAUAUUUUAAAUAAUAUCUCGCUAAACUCAAGCAAUCGAUCAUCAAUGCUCAGCGAGUACGGCAACACUAAACAAAACAACCACAGAGGCCGAUCAAUCUGCACGGGGUGUAUAAUAAUUUAA